AAGUGCUGUUUACUGGCCAUGUGAUACACAUGACGAUUGUACGGCCAAAUACUCAUCAUGCUCAUCGGCGACUAGUGAAUGCAAAUGCACCGAUUUCGAUAUUGUGUUUUCCAGUGAUUUCUCGACAUGUCUGAAGACGUCACUGAUUGGUGACCAAUGCGAAGAAAGUAUUCAAUGCAAUCUUAUGCCAACGGGAGCCAAGUGUAAAUCGGGGGUCUGUGAUUGUGCCGAUGGCGAAACAUAUGUGCGUGGACGUUGUCGGACAUUAAAUGGUCUCAAUCAGCAUUGUGAUACAGAUUUGGAUUGUUAUUUUGGUUAUGAUCGCGACUCAGUUCAGUGUAAAGAAAAUUUGUGUACAUGUGCCAAUGGAUAUUAUCAUAGACAUGGCAACAUAUGCCGACGUAAAUCAAUGGAAAUUGAUGAUGUUUGUGUCGUUGACACUGACUGCGAGGAUUUAGGUGAAAACGUGAAAUGUAAAAGUUUGAAAUGUCAAUAUGUCAAUGAAAUCAAAUCCAAAGUUAAUAACAACAAUAACCAUUCAAAUAUUAACAACAACAUAAGUAGUAAUAAUAAUAAUAACAACAAUAAUAAUAUAAUAAAUACUAGAACAAAAAGACAAACUUCCACGCCAACUGAAACCACUUCGAAUCUAUCAAAAUCUUCACCCAGUGAAAGUGAUUUUAAUGUCGUCACCAAAUUGGUCAAUGGUCUGAGUAGUACAUCAAGUAACAACAACAAUAACAACCACAACAGAAAUAACAACAAUAACACUUUUAGCGAUACAGAUGGUGAAGAUUUCAAUACGGAACCUAAACAGGAAUUAGCUACAUCAGACGCCGCAAACAAAGAACCACAAAAGAGUCGGGAAAUCGCCGUACAGACAAGUGUCGAUGCUUUUGAAUUGAAGGUAUUGACACCGAAAGUGAAACAUGUUGGUACAAUUACCACAACAGCAUCGACCAGCUCCAGCAGUCGUAGACCCUCAAAACAACAACAACAGCAAAGACAAAGACGUCGUCCAACCGUAUUUCGUUUUAACGAUGAUGAAAAAACUAUAUCAACUGUGUCGAACUCUGAUGACGAUGGUGAGAAUCAAGAAUACGGUCAUGAAUGUACCUAUAGCGGUUUACCCUGCACUGGCCUUCCUCAUUCCAUAUGUACCAAUAGAGUUUGCUUGUGCCGUCAAGGUUACUAUCAAAGAAAUAGGAAAUGUUUUGCCGAAUUGGGCGAGAUAGCAGAAAGUUCGGAUGAAUGUGAAAACCAAUUUGAUGCUGAAACGAAAAAAUGUAUUUGCCAAAAGAAUUACUUUUAUGACUUUAAUCUAAGACAAUGUCGUAAACCUAUACAAUAUCAUUUAUCCUGUACCGGAGAUAAUCAAUGCAGUCCAUUUGGUGCCGCUUAUUGUCAUUCUCAAAUACCAAGACGUUGUACGUGCAAAGAAUAUGCCGAAUACGACGAACUCUUGCAGAUGUGUGUGUUUAAGACGGGCUUGGGCUCCGAGUGUGAGAGCGAUGAUGGUUGUCCCGUCGAUCAUUCGAUGUGUUCGAAUCGUAAUUGUGUUUGCAAGCCGCUUUAUAUAAGGAAGGGGGAUGAAUGUCUGCCAGGCAUUGGUGCUGAAUGUUUGGAAAACGAUGAGUGCUUGGUAGAUAAUUCACUGUGUGCCACAACUUCUGCUUCCAAUGGCACUCAGGAUGAUUCCAAGUCCUGUCAAUGCCGCAAAGGUUUUGUACACUUCAAAGAUGAGUGUAUUAAAGAAGCCGAGGAUAUUGAGGAGGAAUGCAUUGAGACCGAACAAUGUAAACCUCUGUUGGCCACCUGUGUUGACAAUAAAUGUUCCUGCAGCGAUAAACAACAUUUCCAGAAUGGUCAUUGCGAAACUAGAAAAGCUAUUGGUGAGGGUUGCUCAACCGCUAGUGAGUGUUACGUGGAGAAGGCACCUGAAAAUGUUGAGUGCCGUAAUUCGGUGUGCCAGUGUAAAUUUGGUUAUAGAAGUGAUACCGGACAUCGGUCUUGUGUUGCGUCCAAUAAGAAAAAUUCUUCCGGAAGGCCAAGUGCUCUUAAAAUAAUAACAUUCAUGUUAAUUGGUUCAGCAUUUCUCAUCACUAGUGCCGCUAUAAAACAAGCCUAUUAUUAAUUUAAACGAAAUCCUUUUUAACAAAAACACACACAAACCUACAAACAUUAACAAAAGAAAAUUGGAACUGAAA